AUGAUGCCUGGAGGCUUAACAGAAGCUAAGCCCGCGACUAGAGAAAUCCAGGAGAUGGUGGAGCAGGUUAAGCCACAGCUUGAAGAACAAACAAAUGAGACUUAUGAAGAAUUUGAAGCUGAGGAGUAUAAAACUCAAGUGGUUGCUGGAGUAAAUUACUUCGUUAAGAUACGAGUAGGCGAUAAUACGUACAUUCACGUGAAAAUAUUCAAAAGCCUGCCUGGACAAGAUCGAAGUCAGUCUUUGACACUUACUGGUUUCCAGACUGGCAAAUCCAGGGACGACGAGCUGGUGGGCUUUUAG